ACGCAACACGGAAGUUUAAUCGAGAAAUACGUUUUGAAACCUUAUCGAUGUGACAACGAAAUUAACUUUAUAACUCUUAAAUAACUUCAACAACGGCAAUAUUUCUCGCUUUGUUAGCUGGUUUCUUUCAUUUGUGUUAGCGGUGGACAGGACAGGACAGGAAGGCAACAACCCUCUUCACCAAGUGCUCACAUGACCGCAGCACGGCAAUGCAAACAGUAUCUGCUCCAACUCUAGUUGUCCUCAGUGUGGUCAUAUGUUGUGUCCGCACAGAGAGCAUUUCAAAUGGUUCAACUCCAAACAUUAUCAUCAUGCUCAUGGAUGACAUGGGCUGGGGGGACCUGGGGGUGUUUGGCCAACCUUCUAAAGAGACCCCUAAUCUGGAUGCCAUGGCAGCUCAGGGAAUGUUAUUUCCAAACUUCUACACCGCCAACCCGCUUUGCUCUCCAUCCAGAGCUGCACUUCUUACCGGGAGGCUGCCUGUCAGAAAUGGUUUCUACACCACAAACGCUCACGCCAGAAAUGCAUAUACACCGCAGGAGAUAGUCGGAGGAAUCUCCAGAGAUGAGAUUUUGCUACCUCGAAUGCUGAAGAAAAAGGGUUAUGUCAGCAAAAUAGUUGGCAAGUGGCAUCUGGGCCACAGGCCAAAAUACCUUCCUCUGGAGCAUGGUUUUGACGAAUGGUUUGGUGCCCCAAACUGCCACUUCGGCCCUUACAACAACACCAUCAGGCCCAACAUUCCUGUUUACAACAACUCAGAGAUGCUCGGGAGAUACUAUGAGGAGUUUAAGAUUAACAGAAAAACAGGAGAGUCAAACCUCACACAGAUCUAUUUGAUGGAGGGUCUUGACUUCAUUCUUCGUCAGGCCACAGCCCAGCAGCCAUUCUUCCUCUACUGGGCACCUGAUGCCACCCACGCGCCUGUCUACGCCUCCAAGCGCUUUUUAGGGAAGAGCCAACGAGGCCGUUACGGAGAUGCGGUGAUUGAGUUGGACUACAGUGUUGGUCAGAUCCUGUCACAGCUGCAGACCCUCGGCAUCGAAAAUGAGACCUUUGUCUUCUUUACCUCAGACAACGGAGCAGCGUUAAUGUCCGGCUCAAAUGAAGGUGGCAGCAAUGGGCCAUUCCUCUGUGGGAAGGAGACCACCUUUGACGGUGGGAUGAGGGAGCCUGCAAUUGCCUGGUGGCCUGGACACAUCAAAGCAGGCACAGUGAGUUUCCAGCUCGCCAGCAUCAUGGACCUGUUCACCACCAGCUUGGCCCUGGCCGGCAUCAGUCCUCCAGAUGACCGGACGCUGGAUGGAGUGGAUCUGACGCCGGUCUUGUUCAGUCGCUCCCUCGCACCCCAAAGCAGGCCAAUAUUUUUUUACCGUGGGAAUGAGCUGAUGGCUGUCAGACUUGGGCAAUACAAGGCACAUUUCUGGACCUGGACCAACUCGUGGGAGGAGUUAAAAAGUGGUAUAAACUUCUGUCCAGGUCAGGAGGUUCCUGGUGUUACAACUCAUGAUCAAAAAGAGCACACUCUGCAGCCUAUCAUUUUCCACUUGGGGCGGGACCCUGGAGAAAAGUUCCCACUCAGCAUGUUGACCGAGGAGUACGAGGAUGCUCUGGCCAGGAUCUCUGGAGUUGUGCAGCAGCACAGGAAGACUCUGGUGCCCGGCAGUCCACAGCUCAACAUGUGCGACAUGGCCGUGAUGAACUGGGCCCCUGCCGGUUGUGAGAAAUUAGGAAAGUGCCUGAAAGGGCCCAAGUCUCAACCCUUGAAGUGUGACUGGCCACACUGACACAGGACAAGAUAAGGAAGCAAAACCUGAAGAUGUGCCUUCCUACAGACAACAGCCAGGCUGCUUUUUUUUCUAAAGGACAUGGUUUUUACAUCUUUGACAAAUUGUUUUCUAUACAUUGUUAGAAGUUAUUGGAUCAAACCAAGGGAAUCAUAUUGCCAUAGCAACAAUCAUUAACGUUCUUUUAAAACUCUGUUUCGACUCAAAGUUCUCGGCUGGGUCAAUCUUGAUGAUGUACAGUAGAAAGCAAAUUUUUUUGUUUUUUGCUAACAGAAACUAUACAAAGUCACAAAAUUCGCAUUCUGUUAAGGCAAAAAGUUUUGCUGUAUGAUGAAUAUUUGGGGAAGUGUGUGCGGGAAACAUUUCUGAACAGAAACUAAGUCUUCAUGGAGAAUAAUAUUCAGCAAUAAUCAGCUCUAGUCCUUUCUUUGACGUUCUCUUUUUGUGCAGCAGAUCGAUCUUACAUUACAUCUUUGAUGGAAAUAUGAAGAGAAAUCUCUCGUAUCAAUUUCACUUUAUUUUACACUUACCAAAAUUGGCCCAAUGAUGAAAACAAACACCCGCAGAGAGUAUAGACUCUGUGGUGCUAAACGCUCCAAUUUUACCUUUUCGAGUUGCCAAGACUUCUUCAGUCUGUGUCAGUGGUCAGGAUUUACUACGGCUUGUUGCUUCUCUGUGCCAAGAGGGUCAAUUGACACUCAUUACAUUAACCAGCAGAGUAGAUUGGACAGGUCCCAGAUCAAGUCCAUUUUUAUUACAAGGGACAUUUCUAAUGAACUGCUUGUACAAAACAACUUGUACGACAAGUUAGUGAUAGAGAAGCCUCUUUCCCCGAUUUUUUUGGGACGAUCAGAACUCAGGAACCCCGGAAGCAAGAAGUCGUUGGUCGGACUGAAAGACUUCACUCCAGCAAAGAAGUGUCUACCCCAAAAUUAAGAUCUCAGACAGAAACAAAAACGCAGGGACGCUUUAGAGGUGAUGCUAACAAUGCUUAGAAUGCUAAAAAUGAAGGAAUGUAGAUAACACAUUCAGCUCCAAAGACAAUGUGAGGCAUUGUGUUCUGUGCUUGUUUUGUUGCCAGCCGGGCUGACUGACAGCACAAAGUCUAUAAAAUAACAGCCGUCAUUCGUAAAGUCCCUAACCAUGUCAACAACAUAUUGUACAAACUUUAAAGUUGGUUCCCUGGAUUGGGAGCAUUUCACCAAAUAUAAAGCGUGCUGUUUUUCAAAUCUCUUCAUGUAAAGUGACUUUCACCCUGUGCUGGUUUCAAACUUAAGCUAAAUUUUUUUUAGUACUAAAAAACUAAACUAAUCACUGAGAACUUUAUAUGGCUGAGGCUUCUGCUUGAUGAGCGGAGGUGACCCAUACAUAGUGUGGAACUGUGUCCAUGUUCAAACUGGGGUGUAAAUGGUGAUUACAAAUGUAUUGUUACUGCAGAAAGUACACAACGAUGAUUUCAGGAAUAAAAACUUGUUCAGAAUAAUA